UAAAACCCCGCCCAAAACCCUACUCUCUCCCACACUCAUUUAUCCAGAAAAUCAAGAGAAAUGGCUCCCUCUCGCUCCCUCUCACUCAUCUCCACCACCACUCUCCUGAUCCUCUCCGCCACAUUCCUGAUCCUCUCCACCGUUGCCCACGCCACUAAGCAUCCACAAUCCAUCCUGACUGUCGUCAACAACUGCCCCUUCCCCAUCUGGCCCGCCAUCCAGCCCAACUCCGGCCACCCCGUCCUUCAACGCGGCGGCUUCUUCCUCAAACCCUUCAACCAUCGCUCCUUCCCCGCCCCCAUCCAGCCCUGGUCCGGCCGCAUCUGGGCCCGCACCCAUUGCACCCAAAAGGGACCUCGCCUCUCCUGCCUCACCGGCGACUGCGGCGGCCGUCUCGAGUGCAACGGAGCCGGAGGCGCUGCCCCGUCCACCCUUGUGCAGAUAGACCUCCACCAAGGCGGCCCCCGCGACCUAUUCUCCUACGGCGUCAGCCUCGUCGACGGCUUCAACGUCCCCAUGACCGUCACCCCUCACAAGGGCCAAGGCCGGUGCCCCGUCGUCGGUUGCAAGGCCGACCUUCUCGCCACGUGUCCCGAUCGACUGAAGGUGAAGUCACCGAAGGGCGUCGUGGCGUGCAAGAGCGGGUGCGAGGCGUUCGGCACGGACAAGCUGUGCUGUCGGAACCACUACAACAGCCCCCAGACUUGUCGGGCUUCGAGCUACUCGCAGUUCUUCAAGCACGCGUGUCCCACCACCUUCACGUUCGCCUACGACAGCCCUCCGCUCAUGCACCAGUGCUCGUCGCCACGCGAGCUCAAGGUCCUCUUCUGUCCCUAGACAGUGAGACGUAUGGUUCCAGCUUCCAACUGGUUUAACACUUCAACGUGCAGUUGAGUCGCUGUUCUCGUUUUUAAUUACAAUAAAAAAUAAUGUGUGUUUACAGGGGGAAAUAUUAAAGAAAAUAAAAGGAUCAAAACAGGUCUGGUUAACUAAUGUGUGUUUACGGGGGUACCCCGGAAAAAAAUUUGUGUAGUAUGGGGGUGUGGAUGGUUUGUUUGUGUAAUUUGUGUAAUGUUUUACGUAAUGGAAGUGUUUUAAGCAUAACAUAAA